AUGGCCACUCACCUUGCCGCCGUAUCCCCAGCCAAAGGACUGUCUUUCGAGCUUCAGACCCGCCCCACACCCAAGCCAGGACCGAGUGAGCUCCUUAUCGCUGUCAAAUGUGUGGCCCUCAACCCGGCAGAUGCCAUCAUGCGUGAUCAAGGCCUCAUGAUACCCACAUACCCCACGGUCAUCGGCUUCGAUAUGUCGGGGUUAGUCCUUGAAAUCGGUGACAAUGUCCCCACCGGAGAUACCGACGAUGAUUCUGGCCCAUCUUUCCAACCGGGCAUCACCCGCGUCGCCGCCUACGCUGUCUCUGUCUGGAAGUAUUGUGAUCCAGACUAUGGCGCGUUCCAGGAGCGGUGCCUCAUUCCAUGGCAACAUGCUGUACCAAUUCCGGGCUCUGGAAUGACUUGGAGCGAGGCGGCAACCUUGCCUGUCGCCGUUGAGGUGCCCCUCAGCGCGUGGGAUGCCAUGGGGAUCCCCCGGGUAGGAGACGCAUUCGUGUCUGCUCCUGUCUCCAUCAGUUCCACUACUGAUACCAACGGGAGCGGACAAAAGACAAACACAGGGAAGCAUGAAGCUCUCCUAAUCUGGGGUGCCUCCUCUAGCGUCGGCACCAUGGGCGUACAAACAGCUCGACUGCUCCGUGAUGAUCCCAACUCGUCCUUCGCCGCCGUUUACGCCACAGCAGGAUCAUUGAACCAUAAUUACGUGCAUUCAUUGGGUGCGGACCGAGUAUUCGAUUACAAUGACUCACAAGUGGUGGCUGCGAUCGUCUCAGCAGCGAAGGAAGACGGAGUAGUGAUUAGGUAUUGUUUUCUCGCUACGGGGGACCUAGCACCAUGUCAGGCGGUGCUCAAGAAAUUCUUCGAGCAUGACAAAGCAAGUAUUACAAAGACCUCGAAGAUCGCGUCGGCUCCACCGCUUCCUCCGAAUGCUAAGGAAAUGAACGGACUGGAGACAAUAUUUGUUUUCCCAUCGGUGGUCGAAGCAGAGCGAUUGGAGCAGUUUCGAUACUGGCUUGGAACGUUUCUCAAGAGCAAUUUGAUCAAGGGGAAUAUCAGGCCGAGUCCAGAGCCGAACGUCGUAGGAAAGGGCUUGGGGGCUAUCAAUGCUGGGUUGGACAAAUUGCUCUUGGGGGUUAGUUGCACAAAGCUGAUUGUGGAGCUCACGGACUGA